CUGAGACACACGUGAGUCUACUAUAGAGGAACCUCCAAUCUCAGCAUCAUGAACCCCAACACCGUUCUUAUUUUCUGCCUCAUCUUCCUGACUCUGAGUGGGACUCAAGGAAUACCUCUUUCCAGAACAAUACGCUGCACCUGCAUCGAGAUUAGUACUCAACCUGUUAAUCUAAGGUCCUUUCAGAAACUUGAAAUUAUUCCUGCAAGUCAAUCUUGUCCACAUGUUGAGAUCAUUGCCACAUUGAAAAAGAAUGGGGAGAAGACAUGCCUGAAUCCAAAAUCUAAGGUCAUCGCAAACUUACUGAAAGCAGCCAGAAAAGACAGGUCUAAAAGAUCUUCUUAAAACCAGACAGAAGCAAAACCACUGCAAUGCUGAUAAGGAUGAACCACAGAGAGGCUGCCUCUCUCUACCUCCGACAGAGUACAACCCUGACAGUGAUAGUUCCUGAUUUGUCGUUCUUCUGAAAGUUGACCAACCAGUUGCCAAAUCAGCUGCUAGUACUCCUGUGAGAAUGUGGAUGGAUCAUCAUCCUAAGCUAAUAAUAGCUCUAGUAAUGGUGUUACUAGUUCUAUUACUUGUAAUAGCUCUAAUAACAAGUGUUAACUCUGCCCUGGCACUAAGCUAUGCCAAGAUGCUGCUAUAUGCAUUCUUAGCAAAUGUGCCAAAUCCUAGCACUGCUGCUGACUCUUUCUCUAACCUUUCCUAUUUUCUAAGGGUUCUGAAGGAAUUUUUUACUUCGCAAUUUAUCAUACUUCUUUGACUCUUAAGUAACUAAAAGGUAUAUAAUAAUUGAACAUCUGUUCUUUUACAAAUAAUCUGUAUUCUACUGCCAUCCUCUCUUUAAGAACAAUCUUCAUUAGCUUCUACUGCCACCCUCCCAAGCACCCAUCUUUUUCAGUAGUUACAUACGUUGAAUUCCAAAUACCUACAGGAAGCUAAAUAUGUCUGAAAUGUUUUUUAAAUACUAUUUAAUGAAAAAGUGUAUGUAAUAGAGUUUUUAUUGUUACUUAUAUUGUUUUUAGUGCAUAUAGAACAAGUUGUAUAAUUAAGAAUGAUGUGUAAUUGGAGAAAAUUUUAAAUCUAGAUGUAUGUUUUGCAUGUACUGGUUUUCAAAAUAAAAAUGAUGUAUUGUGCUGGAAAUAUUAGAAAUAAUUGCAAACUA